AUGGAAUCGGAGCCGGGGAGGAGACGGGCUUGGGGCAGCGGUUUCAAGCAGGCUACAGCAUGCGAGCCAGGCCGGUGUGACUCUGGCUUUGAGACAGACUGGCGGCCAUGUGCUAGCGGACCAGACAAAGAGGGUGUGCGGUUGGCGCGUGCCAUGCUGCGAUCCAGCCCAUGCCAUGGCUCAAAGCCCACAAGCACAAGCACAAGACAAGGGCGCGCGCGGCCGGGAGCGGGCAGCGACGAUGAGUCCUUGGUGAGGAGCGGCGAGGCUGACCAAUGCCCUCGGCCAGCUUUACAUGCCGGGCGCACUUUGCAGUCAGAGAGACACUGGCUAUGCGCGUCCACGGCUCCGUGUCGCCCACCAAGCAGCGCCAACCCCGGCUGGGCGGUGACGGGCCCCGUAACCGUAAUCUCUCAAAAUACACCUGCCAGAGCGGCUGCUUUUGCCAUUGCACCCCCUAGCCACCCACCAGUGUGCCACAACAAGGCCCCAUGGCUGCGUGGGAGCCUGCAAUGCCACAUUCCCACCCUCUCCCUCUUCCUCGCUCGGCUUCCGGUGGAGGAGCUGGGCCACACGGGCUUCCGUCAUCAGUCUCGGUUGCCCUUUUGUCUAUUACUAGACCCAGCUACCAUACUGCCUAAUAAACAUGACCAUGGCUGCAAGGCCAAUUCACACCAAUUGCCUGUCUUGGCCCCCGUGGCUGACGACGGUCAUGGCAAGCAUAGCAAAGGGGGGGGAGAGGGGGCUGCCCAUGCUGGUGGCCCGUCAGCGGCGGCUGCCGACAAAGCUGUUGGCCACGGAAUUCCAUUCUAG